UUGUUGUACCACCAACAUGUCAUGUCAAGUCAACUAGAAUUUUAAUCUGUAAGUAGAGUACACUGCAAUGGUAUAUUGGAUGUAUAUGUGUAUUUUUCUCCCACGGCAGUGGUAGCGGCAAUAGCCAUGCAGUCAGACUUUGGAUCGUUAAAAUAGUUGAGAAAAUAUUGUAACGAUGGAACAGGCAAAGGUUAACAUACCUAAACUUUUUGUGUGCACUGUUAUUGAAAACAAGGAUGAAAUUGAAGAGAGAUAUGAAAGAGCGUACACUUUUUUGCAGUCCCUAAUAGCUGAUUGUAGCGAGAAGGAGGCUCACGAUGCACUAAAUAAUGCUGUUUGUAAGAAUCAUGAAGACAUAUCACUUGGAAUGCUCCUGUCCAUUCUCACUGAACCACACAAUGCAACCAAAUGCUACAGAGAUCUAACACUUAUUACUAGAGAUGGAUUAACGUGUGUGCUUAACAAUUUGUCAAAUUUGAUUUUAGAAAGAUAUUUGAGAUUUCAUGAUACUACAAGGAAUCAGCUGUUAUGGCUUAUAAAAGAAAUGAUGAGGAACGCUGUUACGGGGGUUGAUAAUGUUUGUUGGAACCUAAUGCGUUAUGCAUCAGGAGGAGAUAUAACACCAAAAAACAUUUAUCUAGUAGAAUCUCUUUUAGAUAUUUACAUUGAAAAUAAAGUAUGGUUAGAGAAAUUUCCCAUGUUAAUAUGCAUGGUUGUAUAUACAUACUUGAGAUUAAUUGAAGAUCACAAUGUACCACAUUUAAUGGCAUUGCGUCAAAAAGAAGUUAAUUUUGUAAUAACUCUUAUAAGAGAACAUUUCACAGAUGUGUUAUCUUUAGGACGAGAUUUGGUGAGACUCCUCCAAAAUGUGGCUCGCAUUCCUGAAUUCCAUCAAUUAUGGCAAGACAUUCUUACAAAUCCCAGGUCGCUGUGUCCAAACUUUACAAGUGUCCUGCAAAUACUGAACACAAGAACUUCAAGAAGGUAUUUACAAUCAAGGAUAACACCAGAUAUGGAAAGAAAACUUGUUUUUCUUACUUCUCAAGUGAGAUUUGGACACCAUAAAAAGUACCAAGAAUGGUUUCAAAGACAAUAUUUAGCCACCCCUGAAUCUCAAUCACUUCGGAGUGAUAUGAUAAGAUUCAUUGUAGGUGUAAUUCAUCCAACAAAUGAAUUGCUGUGUUCGGACAUCAUUCCAAGAUGGGCAGUUAUUGGAUGGCUUCUCACUACAUGUACAUCAAAUGUGGCAGCAUCUAAUGCCAAACUUGCACUCUUUUAUGACUGGUUAUUCUAUGAUCCAGAUAAAGAUAACAUAAUGAAUAUUGAACCAGCAAUCUUAGUAAUGCAUCAUUCCAUGAGAUCACAUCCAGCUGUUACAGCAACUUUGUUAGAUUUCUUGUGUCGAAUUAUUCCAAAUUAUUAUCCACCAUUUUCAGAUAAAGUUCGACAAGGAAUAUUUAAUUCUCUCCAGCAAAUUAUUGAGAAAAGAGUUUUGCCAAAUUUGCAACCAUUAUUUGAUUCACCCAAAUUAGAUAGGGAAUUACGAACAACUGUUAGAGAAACAUUCAAGGAAUUCUGUAGCAACAGCAAUGGAGAAGGGGCUUCUGGUGUUCGUGAAGAAGGUCUUGAUGAUUUACCUAAGAUGGAGUCAGAUGAACCUGCAUUUUCGGAUGAUGAAGAUGAACCUCAUAAUAAUUUAACAGAAGACACUGAUGAUGAUGACAUACCACUAUCUGAAGUGAGAGCAAGGGAAAGACCAGAGUUGGCAGCAGCACUGCCAUUAAUUUUACGUCCCUUUGCAGAAACAUUAUUAGAUGAAAGAUCUACAACUGCAACUAAAGCUUUUAUUAAUGCAUGUGGCAGUCCAAUGCCAACAGCGUCCUCACUUGCAGAUUUAUUUGCAGCUAUUUUUCAAGACGCUCCUCCUGUCAAAAUCACUUCUAAUCCUACACCCACAGAACUAGAAGCUGUACUGGAUUCACCUGUCUUUGCAAUGUUCACUUAUUUAACUGAAGGAACAGAGGCAAAGCGAAAAUUAGUACUAGAUAUUUUUAAGGAGAUCCAUGUACAAAGUUCGUUUCAAAACAUAGGAUUUUGUUUAUUAUUUUACUUGAAAGUAUGUUACGAACGAGACAGAAAGGCAGAGCGAGAUGGAGGUAGAAAAAAAAAUGUGAAAUUCAAAGUUGAUGUAUAUAAAAAUUACUGUAAUUACUUGGAACUGAAGCUAGCUGAUAAUUUGGCUUACGAUUUUGAGAAGUGUCAAGAAAGUGAUGCUAAUCUAUUGGUGUGGUUGAUACCAGAUAUAUAUAGAGAAUUCAAAGACCAAGCACAGAAUCACAUCAAACUGCUGAAUGUGAUAGUUUCAACUUUGGAUGCAGUUCAAUUACAGCGUCUUGUAUGCCUCACACUGCAGGGCACUUUGAUGAUGUUCAAAUCUGAUGAUAUUACGACCAUGCUUUCAACGAGUCUUGGAUGGGAGACAUUCGAACAAUAUUGUCUUUGGCAACUUUUAACGGCUCAUGAUAUCUCUGUUGAAGAUGUUUUACCAAUCAUUCCCAAGUUAUCUUAUAAAGGUCAUGCUGAGGCCGUCACCUCGGUCUUGUUAAUGUUGAAACAAGAGCGUCCGACUGCGGACGUUUUGCGACAAAUGUUUUGUAGAACAGUGGAUGAUGACGAUACAUUUGUUGUCUCCACUAUUAUGUAUUGGUGUCAAGACUUUGAGGACAAAGUUGGAGAUUUACUUUCAGUGUUAUUAAGCACUAGAUACCCUGGCACAAGUCCAAAUAAGAGAAAACGUCCUGGUAAACAGAGUAUACCACCCAAUGCACCACCUUCAGCGGAACAAGUUUUAGGUCAUUUGGAACAAAUAAGGGUACGUUGUGUAGAGCAGGAAGAUAUGUCUAUUUUCAACAUGGAAUGUAUGCAAAAAGCUCUACAACACUCACAGUCCAAUAGCAGUGACAGCUUACGAAGACAAUAUAGUCAGCUGUUCUCUCUGGCGUGGGAAGAUGAACUACCAAUAUCAAGAAGAGCCCGAAAGUUAAUUUCAAAUUCUUUACCUCUAAAUCAAAAUUUACAUUCCUCAAAUGAGGAUAGUGAGGAGGAAGAGAUUGUGAAACCUAAACAAGCCAAAAGACGAAAAAAAGCAAUUUCAGAUAGUGAAUGACGAAACUUUUUUAAAAAGUUUGGUAAAUUUAAACGGAAAAGUUCAACAUUUAAACACAAUCAGUUUUAAUAUUGAUUACUUCGAGGAAACUAUGAAUUAGUUACCAGAUGUUGAAUACAAUAUGUUGCAGUACUGGUUUACGGAUGCAAUAAUGAUUAUUACAAAUUAUUAUUACUAUUUAUACCUUUACAUGAAAAUACAAAGUUGUGAAAAAAAACAAUAUUCUAAUACUGUUUAAUACAUAGCCAAAGCUCCUUAUUCAGUAAAUUAUGUAAGAUAUGUCUUUGUACAUAAAA